AGAGGUGAACAGCACACACAUCCACCACACCACCUCCGGCCACCACACCGUCUUCACCCUCACGCCCACCACACCAUGGCGCCCUGGACUAGCUUGGCGCUGUUGUCCGCACUAGCGGUUAGCACGCUUAGUUCGCCUCGGCCCGACGAAAGUGCUUACAAAAUUCCGCAUGUGGGCACUGGACGACGUUCCCAGUACUAUGUUCAACACGCGGAUGGAACCUUCAAGUACGGCUAUGACACAGGUGAGGGAGCCUUCGAGGGUGCUCGUUCAUCCAGGGUUGGUCAGGUAGAUGGAAACUUCGGCUACAGGGACCCUGAAGGCAACAAUAUUCACCUCCAGUAUGUAGCUGAUGAGGGUGGAUUCCAGCCCAAGGGUGCCCAUCUCCCUGUCCCGCAUCCUGACUUUGCUCUUGCCCACGCUGAGGCUCGUGCUCGCCCUUCAUUCACCGACCCCCUUGCUGAUCCAAACGCCGAUGCCUCAUAUGGCUUCCAGUUCGCUGGAGAAGGUCAGACACGUAGCGAACAAAGUGAUUCAGACGGUAAUGUGCGUGGCUCUUACACUUACACUGACGAAGAAGGUCGCACACGAACCUACACUUACACAGCCGGUCGUGGCACUGGUUUUGUUGUCGAGGGUGACGAUCUACCGCAGGCACCAGAAGAUCCUGCGUCCACUCCAGCAGCGACCAGACUCUCCUCUUUUCCUGCAGCAUUCCCUUCUUCUAGUUUGCGACCUACUUCUCCAGCAUCCUCUGCCUCCUUCAGAGCAUCUACAGCUUCAGGAGCUCCAUCUCGUCCCUUCAGCACACCUUCAGGCACCCCAGCUGGGCCCGUGUCUUUCCAAAGAAGUACUGGAAGCUCAGAUCCUUCUUAUUCUUUUUCCUUCGACGCUGGUGAUCACUCACGUUCUGAGUCUGCUGACGCUAACCUCAAUGUUGAUGGAAAAUUUUCUUUCGUGGCUGACGACGGUGUCAGACGCAGUGUCACUUACGAAGCUGGAAGUGACACGGGAUUCCUGGCUCGAGGCGAUCACCUUCCACGAGCACCACAGUCACACUCCGGGUCUCAAACUACAUCAUCUGCAUUUUCAUCAUCACAAACCCCUUACCGCAGUCCAUCAGCGUCCCUACCUUCUUCCGUCUCUAGCACCCCAACUUUCUCUCGCUCACCAUCUGCUCCACGUCUUCCCGGCUUCACAAGCUCACAAACUCAGUACAGCUCCCCGUCCUCACGUCCCUCAGCACGCCCAUACACAGGUCAGUUCGAACCUGCCAAUACUCGCAGCCAACAGUCACCUGACGGAAGUUAUUCAUUUGCUUACGAAACGUCCAGUCACUCACGAGCAGAAUCAGGUGACAGAGACAACAACGUGGUGGGAAACUUCGACUUUGUUGCUGAUGAUGGACAGCGACGAGCUAUUGAAUAUGAAGCUGGGUCCCGUACAGGAUUUAUUGCUAAGGGUGAUCACAUUCCUGUAGGACCCGCGGUUCCAGGAGCACCCUCCGGUCAACCAACAGGUAGAAUCGUCCCUGUUCAAGAGGUCCCCUUCGUCGACCCUCUCGCUGACUCCAACGCUGAUGCCUCCUAUAACUUCGCCUUUGACUCGGAGCAAUAUUCACGCUCAGAGAGCGCAGACGCCGACGGCAAUGUCCGUGGCACUUACACAGUGGUAGACGAUGACGGCACUCGACGCACUCACCGAUUCCGGGCAGGUGAGGGCAUCGGCUUUGAAACUGAGGAAGUGUCAACUUCACGUGGUCCUCCUCCAUCUCGCUCUCCAUCAUCUGCCACCUUCCGCAGCCCAGCGGCCCCCGGCACAGCGGUGUCAUCUUCUACUUCCUUCACUGCACAACCUCAAGGCAGUUUCCCGUCUCCCUCCACUAGAACUGCCUCAACAAGGUCCUCAUCAUCUUCCUUCUCGCCAUCGGCAACAGGCACCAGGCCGGACGCCUCUAACUUCCAGCUUCGCCAGUACGAUGCCUCAGAGAACCGUGGUAAAUAUGGUUAUGUACUGACAUUUGACAAUUAACUAAAACAAUACAAAAGGCUUACCGCUGCUUCUUCUGAUUUAAGAAGAAAUUUGUGAAAACAUCUCACACUUAAAACAAGUUAAUUACAAACUGUUAUCUGCCAAUGCCUAUAAAGUUAUAUCUGUACAUAUAUAUAUUUACGAAUGAACAAGUUGCAUUACAAAAAAUACAAAAAAAUAUGGACUACGAGGUAUAAUGUCAUACUUCAUGUAACAUUUGUUGUCCCUUUAAUCGCGCAGUAAAAAUCUAUAAAAAUAAAUGUUUAUAUGUGCAUUACUGUCCCCCAAAAAUUAUGAAUUAUCAGAGGCAGUAAACAUGCCUGUUUGAGGUCCUGUCAGGGUAGACCAGCUUAGGACCAUGGCAGUAAGUGUGGAUAUGAGUCUCCCCUUUUAUCUUCUAAAUGCCACAUUAUGUCUAAGAAUUAAAAUAUAAUAAAGAGGUAAACACCU